AUGAAACUGUUCGUAAUACUCGCAGUAAUAGCUGCAGUCACUGCUGCACCCCAAAAUCCACAAGACGUCCAGAUCGUCCGUUAUGACACCAAUAAUGGCCUGGAUUCAUAUAGCUUCGCGUGGGAGUUAUCAGAUGGAAGUAAACACGAAGAACAAGGACAACUUAAGAACCAAGGAACUGAUGAUGAAGCCAUGUCAGUUCAAGGGCAGUACGGUUGGGUCGGUCCUGAUGGCGUGACGUAUAUCGUUACCUACACUGCUGAUGAAAAUGGCUUUCAACCUCAGAUCCAGCAAGGCCCAGGAGGAGCGAUCCCCUCAGCUGUCGUAGCUUCUCUUUUAGGUUAA